CGCCUCCCUCAGCCCGCGCGUGCGCGGCGGGAGCGGGGCCAUGGCGCGGCCGGGCCGGGCCGCGGCCAAGGAGCAGCGCUACGACCGCCAGCUCAGACUGUGGGGUGACCAUGGCCAGGAAGCAUUAGAAUCUGCCCAUGUUUGUGUGAUAAAUGCAACAGCAACAGGAACUGAAAUACUCAAAAACUUAGUGCUGCCAGGUAUUGGUUCCUUUACAAUUGUUGAUGGGAAUCGAGUCUCUGGAGAAGAUGUUGGAAAUAAUUUCUUUCUACAAAAAAGCCAUAUUGGUCAGAGUCGUGCCCAGAGUGCCAUGGAGCUCCUGCAGGAGUUGAAUAGUGAUGUUUCUGGAAAUUUUGUUGAAGAGAGUCCAGAAAAGCUUCUGGACAACAACCCUUCCUUUUUUAAUCGGUUUAACUUGGUGAUUGCAACACAGCUACCAGAAAGUACUUUGCUGCGCUUGGCUGAACUUCUCUGGAAUUCUAACAUUCCUCUGCUGGUCUGCAGGACUUAUGGACUGGUUGGUUAUAUGAGAGUCGUUAUUAAAGAACAUACAGUUGUUGAAUCUCACCCUGACAAUACAUUGGAAGAUCUGAGACUGGACAAACCAUUUCCAGAACUGACAGAACACAUUCAGUCCUACGACUUGGAUCACAUGGACAAGAAGGACCACAGCCACACUCCAUGGGUUGUGAUUGUAGCCAAGUAUCUGACAAAAUGGUUCAAUGAGAAAAGUGAACAGCUGCCCAAAAGUUACAAGGAAAAAGAAGCCUUCAGACAACUGAUUCGACAAGGUAUCUUAAAGAAUGAAAAUGGAACCCCAGAAGAUGAGGAAAACUUUGAAGAAGCUAUAAAAAAUGUGAACACAGUGUUGAAUACUACAGAGGUUCCAAGAGGCAUUCAGGAGCUUUUUGAUGAUGAUUGCUGUGUGAAGCUCACAGAGCAGUCACCUUCCUUCUGGAUUUUGGUUCGAGCUUUAAAGGAAUUUGUGGCAAAUGAAGGGCAAGGAAGCUUGCCUGUGAGGGGCACUAUUCCUGAUAUGAUUGCAGACUCCAGUAAAUUUAUCAAACUGCAAAAUGUAUACCGGGAGAAAGCCAAGAAGGACAUUGCUGCUGUGGGGGCACAUGCUGCUAAAUUGCUACAGUCCCUGGGCAAGGCACCAGAGUCUAUUUCAGAGAGAGAAUUAAAAUUGCUUUGCAGCAACGCAGCCUUCCUGCGGGUGGUGCGGUGCCGGUCCCUGGCCGAGGAGCACAGCCUGAACACCUUCAACAGGGACGAAAUCAUUUCCCACAUGGAUAACCCAGACAGUGAGAUAGUGCUGUACUUGAUGCUGAGGGCUGUAAAUAGAUUUUACAAGCAGCAUGGGAGAUAUCCAGGUGUCUACAACUACCAGGUGGAAGAUGAUACUGGAAAACUAAAAUCUUGCCUUACUGGUUUCCUCCAAGAGCACGGGCUGUCGGUGGCGGUGAAGGAUGACUAUGUCCAGGAGUUCUGUCGCUAUGGAGCUGCUGAGCCACACGCUGUUGCUGCCUUCGUGGGAGGGGCUGCUGCACAGGAGGUUAUCAAAGUCAUUACAAGGCAGUUUGUAAUUUUUAAUAACACCUUUAUUUACAAUGGAAUGUCACAGACUUCAGCAACUUUCCAGCUGUAGGGUAAUGAUGCCCCAAGGUGCUGCUGCUGCUGUAUUUCCAGUUUUUACAGUCUUUACAGUUCUGUAAAUACUGUGGUGGUUUGCCACUGACUGGAUUGUUCUGUUCUGUAUCACCUGCUAAUUAAACUUCCUUCAUUUGUAAUUA